CCCAAUGCUAUUGCACCAUUCUCAAAUUCUUCCUAGCCAUCCAACUGUUUCUCACACCCGCCAUCAAUAUAUUCUGCCUAACCGUCCAUCUGUCCCCUCUACUUUUCCAAAGACCUUCGUAGCAGCCCCAUCUCUGUCCUACCCAGUCAAAUAUAUUCCUCAUCCUCCAGCCCCUGUCGCUUCCAGCUUUUCUAGCAAUUUUCCUCUUCUAUCAGCCCCAAUUCCUUCUGGCCCACCUGAGCACCUGCCUCCCCCAUCUCGAAGUUCUCCAAUCAUUCCUGAUCUUGAUUCACAGAACAAGUUAUUUUACAAAACUUUCAGACCCAAGCAUUUCCUCCCAGCCCAGCAUUCUACCCCAGCCAGUCUAACGCCUGCCCUUGUUCGCCGUUCCCUUCCAGCUCGAUUGGUUGUUUCCCCAGCCCCUUUGAAAGCUAUUCCUCCUUCAAAGCCUGCCUGUUUAUCCAGUCAUCCCCCUCAUCAGCCAGUCCCAACUCUUUCUUGUUUCACUCCAUGGCAUGAACAACCUUCUGCUAGCUUGGAUCCCUUUUGGUCGGUUCAGCGAGCUGUACCACAAGCCACAACAUUGUCGCAUCAACCCCAGGCCCUUGCAGAACAUCCACCUGCCCCGUUCCUCUCCCAGCCACCUCACUGUCAUUCUCCAUCCUCGUCUGUGUCUUCCUCUCCUUCUACUUCCACAUCUUCUUCACCAUCUACACAAUUUUCUUCUUCCUCAUCCAUUCUUCCCUCUCCCUCAUCUUCCUCUUCCUCUCCAUCUUUACCUCCUUCAUCUGCCCCUCUUCCUACCCCUCCUGUGCAUUCACCUUCUCCAUGUUUGCCUACAACUUAUUUAGAUUUUCCCUCUCCAAUAUCUCCUGUUUCUUCUUCCUUUAUGAUUUCUUCUUCCUUUCCCCCUAUGCUUCACUCUCCCUCGAUUUCCACCUCCCCAUCUCCUUUUAUUCCUAUCCAUCCCUUCAAUCCUCCUCACUGGGGGAAGAAAGUAGAGAAGAGAAGAGAAGAAAGUGGAGUAGAGAAGAAAGGAAUAGAGAAGAAAAAGUUGAGAGACGACAACAUUAAAGAGGCAUAGAUUCUGCCCUGCCUUCAGUAAUGUCAAACAGUGACCACAAGCAUCAGGUGCACCACUUAUCCAAAAUCAAUUAUGAUAAAGAAAUGAAAGAAAACUGCAGGGCAAACUUGACUUCCAUCAAAGAUGCAUUUCAGCUUGAACUCGAAGAAACUCAGAAACUUCUAGAAGAUCAGCAUUUAGACAGUUUGCAAAAAUUUUGUGAUGAAGUUAACCAGAUAGCCAAUUCUGAAAGUCUUUCAAGUAUGGACAGUCUUGAAGCUGGAGAGCGUGAACAAAUAUAUUUAACUCUUAGUAAGGACCAUUCCACAUCAGGCCGGCAGGAUUCCAUCUCCCUCGGAUCAACAAAUCUGCAAUCAACUAAUCUAAGCUGCUUUGAUGAAGACAAACUAUCCUUCUCUAAAACUCAGCAUAUAAAUAAUUGGCUUAUAAAUUUAGAUGACCCCAAUACACAGACUGUAACAUCGUUCUCAGACAUGUUUAAUAAACCUAAUGCCCUACCUUCUGGUGAAUGUCCUAACAGUGCAGGAGAAAACACACCUAUUCUGAGUAGCGCUGUGGAAAGAACUGCAAACACUGCUAACAACCCAGUCGCCUUUGUACACAGCCCACGCUUCUUUGCACACAAUAAGAAAAAUGGAAAGACUUCUGAAGCUAGCACUGGCUCCUCUUCUGGAACAUUCAAAAUGGAGAGCCCAUUUGUUACUGAAAGCCCAAACUUAAAAUUCAAUAAAUCCUGGGCCAGACCAGAUUCUCCAGCCCGAGAAGUUGCUACAUUUUUGGACCAAGAGAAAUAUUCUGAAUUAACUCAACAAAAUUCAGCUACUUCUGUUCAUACUUCAUAUGUGCCAGUGGCGACACCUUUAGUUUUGCCUCCAACUGCACAGUCAGCUAGACCUUUACCAAAGGACAGGGUACACAUAAGAGAAAUUGACCCAGUGCAGUGUUCUGACAAGUUAGAUGACUUGAAAGAUAUAAAAAAUGAAAAUAUGCACCAUUUUAACAACAACAAGGAAGAAUUGCCUUUAUUUAUAGAUGAUAUUCAAGCUGCCUACAUGCCACACAACCCUGAUUCAAAAAAUAAAACACAGAAAACAACUGAAACAUUGUCUACUGUAAUGUCUAAUGACACAGUUAGUUUUCAGAAGAAAAUGAAGUACAACAUACAUGACAGAAAUGGUGUAAGUUUUCUGAAAAGUAUUUUAAAGAAAGAAUCUAAAUAUGACCAUCAUUAUUUUGAGGCACUAAUGAUGAAUCAAGACUGUAGGUUUGGAUAUCAAAAAGCAGCAGCUAUCAGGGAUAGUAUUGAACUAAGAAAAGAAAAGGGGAAAGGGGCAGAUAUUCAAAAAACGAUUAAAAGACUGAGGUGGUUUGAUGACGCUGACAAUAUGGCAAAUAAUGCUGAAGAGAAUCAUUCCCGUGGAACAAGAGCACCUGAGCAGUGGGGUCAACAGUUGUACACCCAAAUGAAAAGCGGUGUUGCCGGCAAUAUAACUGGUGUUCCUUCUUCUGCUGUAAAUGUCUUGGAUAGAAAAAGGCCCACGGACAAUUCUGUCACUGAAAAUGUUACUUUAGGAGGAUCUGAAGCAGACCAUGUGCCUUCAAACUGUGUUCUUGUGCCUUCGGGUUGUAACUUUGCUAAGCAAGCCUGGCUAGCCUCAAAAAAAGAGGAGAGUAAACCCCUUGCCCAUAGUGGUGAUUCCACAAUUCAGAAUGUUGCAAAGCCCCAGAAAGAUGGUGCAGAUGUGAGUAGAAGAACAAGAUCUGCUAAAGUCCAAUCAGGCUUAUACACAAACCGGAGAGGCACAGUUGUUCAACCACAUUCUGCAAGCAAAGCCAAGUCAUUUAUACAAACUCAGGGGAAACUAAUGGUACCUCACCCUCCUCCUAAACCCACCACCAAUAUUAGGAGUGGUAAAAAUGUAAAAAUCUCUCAGUGUCAGUCAGUAAUGCCUGAAAAUUCUCAAAAUGUUGCACAUAAUUGUUUCAAUUCAAAAUAUGUACAUCCAGUGGAACAUCGUUUCAAUCCGUGGACUCGAGGCAGUAGUCCUCCCCUCUCAGAUGCUUGUUCUAACAAAGUCACUGUGAUUCCCCUUCUGCCUUCUCCUUGUGGGUCUGAGUGCCAAACGCUAGCAAAAAUAAAUCACUCAAGUAGCAUUCAGAUGGUAGCUCAUCAAGAUGGGAAAUCAUAUUGCACCCAAAGAUGUCCUGUGUUUGAAGAAAGCAAGCAUAAGAGUUUUAAAACCCUUAAAACUACGGGAGAAGAAUCUGUUCCCCUAUGGAAGAGAGGACAUAAUAUUCUGGGUCAAAAUGAGAGGACUGCUGAUUCUACUGUUCCAAGGAGAAAACAAAUUGUUGAAAAUAAGCAGAAAGGUCUUUUAGAGCUUAAGAGACAAAAUUCUGGAUUCCUGGGACACAAGUACAGUGAACAAAUCCAUAAUUCUGAGCAAAAUCUCCAGAUCAGCUCAAGUGAGGCAAAACAAAAUACCAAGGGUACUUCUAAUAAUGAAGAAGUUUCAGAUAGUACUUCUGAGUUUUUGAUGGCUGAAAAUCUAGUGAAAAUCUCAGUACCUGAAGAUGAAAUUCUAGCUGUCAUGAAUAGCAAGCAGCUACAGAAACCAAAUCUGGCCGUAAAUAAUACCCAGAGGCCCAACAUGUGUGCACUAUCUGCUGAAGAACAGAAGAUCCUACAGUCUCUUAAUCAUCUCAAUGAGAGAUUGCAUUAUAUGCAAGAAACUGUUUGCAAAAAUCCACCUAUCAAUAAUAUUUUACAAAUGAUACCACUUCUGAACAGUCAGCCACAAGCCAGGUCCUCUCCUGCUGCUACUGGAUCAAGACUGCAGAGAAAAUAGUGAUGGAUUAUAACAAUAACUAUUAAAUGGAAUCACUAUUUUUGAGAUCUUAUGUAAAUAUAUAUUCCUCCAUUUGUUAAUGAUUUAAAGCACUGUGCUUAACCAAAAAAUAAAGGCAAAUCCUAACAUAGGUAAUGGACUUAAAUCAAUUCAUUUACAUUUAUGCUACAAAUUAUACUUUAUUAUGUAUUUUAUUGAUAAAUACAUUUUUAAUGAAUGGGAAUAGUUCAUUGUUUUUAAUGAGCAUGCUCCUGGAUAUAAAUUCAUUAUAUUUGAAUAUAAAAGGCAACUUAUUUUGCUAUUCAAAUUAUGUAUUAGCUGUAGUUGUAAAAGCUUUGUUUCUCUGAAAUUCUUAAUAAAUUAUCUAACCUUUUGGUACCCUGGUAUAAAAAGUUUAUAAUUAGUCCUAUUCUGUAUGAAUAGUAAACUGUUUAUGAACUAGCAGGGUCGCGGACUCUGAAGAUGUUACCAAGGAAUCUUAUCUCAACUCUGCUCAACUGUUAUCAGUUAGUUUAUCCAGGGGAGAUUUGCUCUUUUAAAACAAGGCCUACAUGCACAAAAUUUACAAGAGACUGAAUGGCAAGUGUGAAAA